AUCUUACCGACGAUAUCACACUGGCUUACUGCCUUUAUUCUUGAGAACUUCGAAACCCUUGAUCGAUUGAACUACUGGAGCCCCAAAGACGCCGAGAAGCCAAGAACGUUUACUUUCCCCCUUCAGCCUUACUGUAUACUCUCACUUCCUUCUUUAUCAUCAAUCAACCCUACCUUCUCUUUCCUAUCCUUCUUUUUCCUUGUUUGUUAUAAAAACCUCUCCUUUCUUUUCUUCUCACAUAGACCAACACUUCAUCGGACCUUUGCUGUCCUGACAAUAUGUCAGAAGUGAUCACCGUGUACGAGCUCAAGCUUGAGCAAGAUGGGAGUCCAAGCAAUGAACGUGCUUACAUUCGUUUACCGCCUCCCGUAAAGCCGUACAUCUUACGUUUCACUUUGGACGCCGGUAGUACAGCUUCACGUCAAGGUAUUUUGUUCACAAAUCAUCCUCAAUCUUCACAGCAAUUUGAGCGAAAUAAAUUCUAUCAACAUGAAUUACCCAGUAAUUUUCGUCAAGCUGUUACGAUUGAUCUUUUGAUCGAAAGACCAGGUGCAUUUGAAUAUUAUAUCGAACAUGCGGCUGAAUUGGAAAAGAUUCCUUAUCCUACACAAGAACAACCCGUUUGGGAUCAUGACGCCGAAAGUGCAAAGAGACCUCGCGUACAGAGUAAGCAUGGCUUUUUCAAUAUCGAGCCAUUGUUGCACCUCCCAAAACGAUCUCGCUUGCUGGACGGAAACUCUUCGCAAGUUUUGCCCCCCUCUCAAGGAGGAAGUGUUUUGAGCGAAAAGCAAAAUUUAACGCAAGAUGGAAUUGUGUUGCAAUCCUUCAUGGCUAAAUGGGCAGGCUCUUUGUCCAACUGGGCUCCUCACAUGGAUCAAGCAAGUAAAAAUGGAUACAACAUGAUUCACUUCUUACCUUUGCAAGUUCGUGGAGAUAGCAACAGUCCAUAUUCCAUCGCCGAUCAACUUGAUUUCAGCCCGGAUUUGUUCGAUGAAAAAUCUGGAAAGAGCAGCACAAAACAAGAACGAGCAGAAACGAUUGGGCAAUGGGUGAAAACCUUGAAUAGCAAAUGGGGUUUGUUGAGCAUGAUUGAUGUCGUCUUGAACCAUACAGCGAACAACAGUGAAUGGCUCUAUGAACAUCCUGAUGCGGGUUACAAUCCUUACAAUUCACCUCACCUGACCCCAGCUGAGGAGUUGGACCGUGCUUUGAUGGAGUAUUCCAACCGCUUGGCAUCUCUCGGUCUCCCAACUGAUCCAAAGACCGAUGCUGAUGCUGAUGCCAUCAUCGGGGGCGUGAAGACACAUGUAUUACAGCCCUUGAAAUUAUGGGAGUACUAUGCCAUCAACGUGCAAGCGCAAAAGGAAGAGCUCGGAAAGCUUUGGGAUCAACCAAAUGACGGCAAAGCUAUCAAUUCUUUGGGUGAAGACGACCUCCGAACUGCAUCUCUUGACGAUGUAUUCAAGCUUCUCGAACGCCAUGCAUUGCGCAAUCGCAUGUCUUUGAGCGAACGUUUUGCAACGCACGUUGAUGUUACUGUCUCACUCGCAAUCUUGCGCGGAAUAAGUCAAGGAAAGAAAGAUAAAGAUCAAAUCUUAAACCUCUUCGGUAACGCUUUGGACAAGCUCAAUGCUCCCCUGUAUGCACUUUACGAUGAAGACGUACAAGCGAUCACAAGCAACCUUGCAGGUCGUUUGAAAUACAUGCGUGUUGAAGAAGGAGGUCCGAAAAUGGGACCAAUCACUGCAGAAUCACCAUUUUGUGAGACUUACUUUACCCGUUUAGACCCAAAGCAUCCUUCUGCCAAGAAGCACGAUCCUCGUUCCCUUGCUCUAGCCAACAAUGGCUGGAUGUGGGCUGCUGAUCCAUUGUCAGACUUUGCUUCCAAUAAGGCACGAGUUUAUUUGCGUCGUGAAUUGAUCUCAUGGAGUGACUGUGUAAAAUUGCGCUAUGGAAGUGGACCAGAAGAUUCACCAUACCUUUGGAAACACAUGGAAGAAUACUGUGUUACGCAAGCAAAGCUGUUUGAUGGCUUCCGUAUCGACAAUUGUCACUCUACCCCCAUGCAUGUCGGACAAUACAUGUUGGAUGCUGCACGCAAGGCAAAUCCAAACCUGUACAUUUGUGCAGAGUUGUUCACUGGAAGCGAGCAAACUGAUAUCUUGUUCGUCAGCAAGUUGGGCUUGAACAGCUUAAUCCGUGAAAUGGAGAAUGGACAUGACCCUAAAGAGGAAAGUCGACUCCUCUACCGUUUUGGUGUCAACAAGCCAGUGGGAUCGAUGGACAAGGACUGCUUGUCAAAACCUGGCAAAGUUGUCGUACCUGGAUCAAAGAAAGAUUCAGUGUCAUGUACAAUCGUGCCAUUGGAAGGAUCCAUGCCGCAUGCUUUGUUCAUGGACUUAACACAUGACAAUGAAACGCCUACUCGUAAGCGUACGACUGAAGAUGCGAUCACUAUGGCAGCCCUCGUACCGUUCUGUUGGAGCGCCGUUGGAUCGAAUAAAGGCUUCGACGACUUAUAUCCCGAUCAAUUGAAUGUUGUAUCGGAGAAGCGAAUGUAUGAUCCUAAAUCUCAACCAGAAGAUGUCGGAAUUGGGUAUGUCAAACGUAUCUUCAAUCACUUGCAUCAAGAAAUGGUCGCAGAUGGAUAUUCCGAAGGACAUGUGCAUCAAGAGAAUGAUUACUUGAUCAUGCAUCGUAUCCAUCCUCAAACACACAAGGGAUAUUUGGUGGUUACACAUACCGCUUUCCAUUCUGGUGUACAAGGUCGUGGCGACAUCAACCCAUUCCGCUUGAACCGUACAUCGGCAAACUUUAUCAUGGGCAAAACUUUGCAGAUUACGGAUCGUAACAGACCGAAGGAUGAAAAAUUCGUUCAAGGUCUACCUUCCAAAUUGAUUGAUGUUCCAGCACCAACGAUCAACAAAGGCAGCGAUCAUGAUGGUCCUUAUUCUGAAAUCGUCGUGCCUGACAACUUCCCACCGGCCAGUAUCAUGCUCUUUUCUACUACUAUGGAUGGUUUAGGAGCUGAAUUGGACACACUUUGUCAAAGUGGUGCGGAUGAAGCAAUGGCAGAGUUGGACUUGGUUGAUUUGAACGUGUUCUUAUAUCGUGCUGAUGCAGAAGAGAGAGAUGCAACAUCAGGCAAGGACGGUGCAUACACAAUCCCAAAAUUGGGUGGACUUGUCUAUUGUGGUACAGAAGGAUGGAUGUCGCAUCUCAAGAAUAUCAUGCGUUUCAACGAUCUCGGACAUCCUAUCUGUGCUCAUUUACGUGAAGGUUCAUGGGCAUUAGAUUACGUUCACGGUCGCUUGGAGCGCCAACAAGAGCUAUUCCCUAGAUUAUCAAAGCCAGCCAAUUGGCUUCGUGAACGAUUUGAUAAGAUCAAAGAGACUGUGCCCUCGUUCAUGCGUCCAAAGUAUUUCAGCUUGGUGAUCAAGACAGCUUCAGAAGCUGCACGAAAGCGUGCGAUCUCACAAAUGUCUGCUUUCAUUCGUGAAGGUGAUGACUUUACAAAGAAUUUGGCUUUAUGUGCAGUUCAAUUGAAUGGACAAGUUCAAUCAAGUUCGUUAUGGCACAAUCGUCCAAGUGCCUCUAUGGCAGCAGGCUUGCCUUUCUUUGCAACUUCUUGGGCACGUCUUUGGGGUCGUGAUGUUUUCAUCAGUUUGAGAGGAUUGUACUUGACAACGUCUAUGCAUGAAUAUGCGCGUGAGCAUAUCAUCUCAUUUGGAUCAACAUUGAAACAUGGAAUGAUUCCAAAUCUGCUCAACUCUACUACUUCACCCCGUUACAAUUGUCGUGAUGGUCCAUGGUUCUUUGCACAAAACGUGCAAGAUUAUGUCAACAAAGCUCCCAAUGGUUCGUCAAUCUUAAGCGAGAAAGUCAAACGCAGAUUCCCGCUGGAUGAUGAAUGGGUUCCUGUCGAUUCACCUAAAGCAUUUGCGCACACUUCAACAGUAGCAGAGAUCAUUCAAGAGAUCUUGCAACGUCAUGCAAGUGGAAUUCAUUUCCGUGAACACGAUGCAGGACCAAAAGUUGAUGAACAAAUGUCUGAUAACGGUUUCAAUAUUGAUGUUACUGUCGAUUGGAAGACUGGCUUUGUUAUGGGAGGAAAUAAAGACAAUUGCGGAACAUGGCAAGAUAAGAUGGGAUCAUCAGCCAAAGCAGGCAAUAAAGGAGUUCCAGGUUCGCCGCGUGAAGGUGCUGCAGUUGAAAUCACCGGACUGGUGAAGAGUACGUUGAGCUGGGUGGACUCUUUAUCAUCUAAAGGUCAAUGGCCCGCAAAAGGAGUUGAAGCGGAGAUCGAUGGCAAAAAGCAAUUGAUUACCUAUAAAGAGUGGGCCGAUAAGAUUCAAGCCUCUUUUGAACAUAAUUACUGGGUACCAUUGGAUCAAUCUGAAGACAAGAAAUUCAACGUUGAUUCAUCUUUAGUCAACCGUCGUGGAAUUUACAAAGACGUUUACGGAAGCAGUCCUGGACGAGAAUGGUGUGAUUAUCAAUUACGUGCCAAUUACGCAAUGGCGAUGUGCGUUGCACCUGAGCUGUUCGACGUUCAACAUGGCUUGACGGCAUUGCAAUCUGCUUAUGAAGCACUUGGAGAUGUUUUGGGUAUGAAGACGCUCGAUCCUCGUGAUAGAAACUUCCAUCCUGUGUACGACAACAGCAAUGAUUCGAGUGAUUUCUGGAUGGCCAAAGGAUUCUGUUAUCAUAAUGGACCACCAUGGGUUUUCCCCUUUGGAUUCCAUAUUCGUGCAGUCUUAUUAUUUUAUGGUCGAUUGGAUAGUGAAAAAGGUCAAUCUUCCAAAGGCAAAUCCCAUGCAGCCAAUGCGGCAUGGAGAGUGAUGAGCAUGUUAAUUGCACAUCGUAAACAUAUCGAAACAACACCUUGGGCAGGUUUACCCGAAUUAACAAAUGCAGAUGGAGUUGAAUGUAGAGACAGUUGUCCUACUCAAGCAUGGUCUGCAAGUACAAUUUUGGAUGCGUUGGAAUUGAUUCGUGAACAAGCAACGGAAUGAUGAAAUUUUUUAGAGCUUUUGGAGACCUUUUUUUUUGUAUAGACCUUUUCCCAAUUAGUUACCUAAAACAUCAUUGAGCCGGAAGAUAUGUCAAAUAGUACAAUCAUCAUUUACCAAUAACCAUCUAUACAUCAUAUCAAUUG